CUUGGCCUUGAAAAUGUAACCUGCUAUCAGAUUGAGGCUGUAAAAUAUGUUUGGCGGUUAUUUUAUGAGCUGCAAACAUACGCAAUAUUGUUUGCCAUCGACAAUAAAUUUAAUAUAAUCAAAUACUCUGAGAUACCAUUAUUUUAAGGUUUUAAAGUUAUUACACUGAGUUUUAGAUAACAAUAGACCAAACAAAACGAAAAAUUUCGUUAUUCAAAAAUCGUACGUGCUGGAAACGUGAUUAAAUUGAAGAAAGUUUGUGCUGAAAUAGGAGUGUUGAAAUUUGGGAUAGAAAACUGAAACAAAAUGCUAAGUGGCUCGGCUAGAUAUUCAGUGUACAUCUCAGUUAUUUUUGCUCUUCUCAGUACAACGAGCGGUCAAACUCAAUGUUCCAAUACCGGUAUUUAUUUCGAAGAAGUAGCCAAAUCUUGCACGAAUUACACUCGUUGCGUAUUCGGUUUGCGGUCUGAGCACUCUUGUGACGAAGGUUUCCAGUUCGAUCCAACGACGAGUCGGUGUGAUUUAGAGUCCAUUGUUGGAUGCAAUAAAUGUCCGGAAAAUAUUGAGUUUGGAGAUUUUUCGGCGUACGCUGACAAGGAUAAUUGUUCAAUUGGUUUCGUUUGUUUUGGUGAAAUAUACCCAUUCCAAGUUGAUUGUCCUGAAAAUCUUCACUUCGAUGUUAGCACUCUGAUGUGCAUUCUUCCGCAAUAUUCUAUCUGUACCGAUCGAAUUACAACAACCGAAGCUCCAACGACAACUACGACUACCACCACAACAACAACCACACCAUCAACGACCACGACUACAACUGUUCCUCCGACCACCACUCAAGCACCGGGAAAUGGUUGUGCCUGGUCUGGAUGCUACCAUGCUAGCGGAGCUGUCUGUUCGACAGCAAAUACUGGUGGAAGUGGCCGUCCCAUUUACAUCUCGCACAAAAAAUGCGAAAUCUUUGGAAGGAAAGACUUCUGCUGUGACCGAAAUUGCAGGUAUCAAGAGUGUGGCAAGAAGUGUGACAGUCUUAAAAUGAAACGAUAUUUGGAAGUGGGAGAUGUAACUUGUAUCACAAACAUACCUGGAUUCGGUUCGUUGCAAUCAGUUCAGCAAUAUUGUUGUCCAUGAAUUGAUACAGAGUCUGCAGCAAAAUGUAAACUUCUUAACGACAUAUGAU